GGGCGGAUAGCUGGUUUGGACGAUGAAACCGGGCCUUAUUCCCUUUGGUCAAUGCUCCCGCCCAUAUAACUCAACUAGGAGACGAAAGCCGCCAGCCUAUCCCUCCGAAUCUAUAAGAAGGGGCCUUCGACUUGGAAAACUCCAACAUUCAGCAGCCAAUCAGCUCGUUUCGGUCUAAGAAGGAAGAUAGUGGCAGAAGAAGAUGUGUUACGAGGUGAAGUGCGCGAGUUGCGGGAAGACGAGCUGGGGAGGAUGCGGAAGGCACGUCCCGUCAGUUUACCAAAAGGUCCCUGAAGCUCAGCGCUGCCUCUGCAAAGCCUGGCCCGGCGUCGAUCCCAACAACCCGCCGGCCGCCGAUCAACAGUCCUCCUCCCUCUGCUCUAUUAUGUGAUCAAUGACGCGGACGGAUGAUGAUUCCAUUUCCCCUGUCUCUGCUGUCUCCCACUUAAUUUGCAAGCUGUGUAUUCUUUUUAUGUAUGUGUCCGAUGGAAUCGAAUGAAUUUGCCCUUCUGUUUGUUCUUCUCUUGCGAUUUCAAUCACGCAAAUUUUUACAUGGACUUGCCAUUCGGCGACCGUUCAAACUUGGCGGUGGAGGUGUUUCUUAUUCUUUGCACUUUGCUUGUAUCUCCAAUUCCACUGCGCCUGGAUUUCCAUUGUUGAAUAAGGUUUGCAUAUGAUUCUUCACCGGAGGAUAAGGCUGCCCACUUCACUUUGCAGUUGAGCCAUUUAAUUAUGUGGAUGAGGAUACUUUUACGAAAAAGAAGGUUAACAGUAAAGUUUUAAGGACCUUUUAGUAGUGGGAGCAUGUGAAUCCAAUUGUAGCCUGUAGGUAGAGAAUGACCAAACCCAUUAACAUGUACGAAUCAAUCAAUCAGGUUCCAAAUUAAAGGCAUGUACAGAUGUACUUCAGUUGAGAAGGAAAAUAUUUGAUAGUCACACAUUCUUUGCGUCGUUUUUUACAAAACAAUUUAUUUGAUUAAAUAGUGACAUUGACAAAUGUAAAUAUACAAGUUAGACAUUUGUAAAUGAAUUGUUUUCUAAUUUUUUGUAGAGAGCUAAAUUUAUUUUUAAGUAAGUCAAUUUAGCAUUUUGUCCUUGAUAUAAAACAUUUCAUUGUGUUGUUACUAUCUUAAUAAAGUCAACCAAAAAACUAAAAGGAGAAUUAAAAUUAGAAAACAUUAAUGCUAGAUGAACCAUUCACAAAUAACUCAAAUGAAUCAUUUGAAUUUUUCAUUCAAACCAACAAACUUAAGUGAGUCGUACAAAAGCCUCAAGCCAUUAUUAUUAUUAUUAUUAUUAUUAUUAUUAUUAUUAUUAUUAUUAUUUUGGCCCCAAUCCUCAUAUGAUGAAACUCAGUCAUCACAUCUUAAUUAGUAAUGAAAAUGAGGAGAGGCGAGUAUCAUAUAGGCCCACAUCAAAUGCAAGUUAGGCAGAAUAAUAUCCGCACUUAGCCGUUGGAGAAUAACGACUCCUUACAUAUUUUUUGCAAAAAUAUUUAUUUUUGACGAUAAAACAAAGAAAAAUAGUUUAUAAAUGAAAAUAAAGAUAAUAAAGAUAACUCAAUAUGAUAUAUAUAUAUCCGUAGAUUAGUUGAGUCCAAUUGGUUGAAAGAUGAACUCUUGCACUUAUCUAAAAUAUCAAUGAGUGAAAAUAUGAGUUAAGAUAACUCAAUAUGAUAUAUAUAUAUCCGGGGUACCGCAUACCUUAAGUAAGAAAACGCUAUCUAGAACUUGAAUUGACUGAUCUUUCGGACAUUAUACUAUACUCUAACCCAUAAAGAUCAAAAUCUAUGUCUUAAUUCUCUAAAUCUUAUACCCCAAGAACAAUUUAAUUAGAAACAAUAAUCAACGGUUAUGAUUCGUCCAAAUAUAGGCAAAAAAAGUAAUACAUCAUCUUAGAGUUUUUAGUUUAUGAUUUAGAUGAUUAGGACCUAGGGUUCACUCAUUAAGGGUUAGGGUAUAGUAUCAUGCCCAAAAAUCCUGCUAAUUUGAGGUCUAGAUAGCGUUUUCAUACUCAAGGUAUGCGAUACCCCGGAUUUCACCCGGGGUACCAUAGAAGGCACUAUAUAUAUAUAUAUAUAUAUAUAUAUAUAUAGAGAGAGAGAGAGAGAGAGAGAGAGAAGUAAAACAGGACAUGGUUGGACGAGAGUGAUAUAUUAUCCAUGCCUUCUCCACACUACAUAAAUCAAGUUGGUUAAUACCUAAUGAGACACGCUCAAAUUUACAUCACUAAUCUUGAUUAGUAUUUCACAUACCAAGUCGUCUUGCUAACUUUUCCCUUUCUCUAGGUUGUAGGGUUUCAAAACUCAAGCCUGCAAAGGGGCUGUCGUCGGCUUCCCUCCAGGUCUGGCGGUGACCCGCCUUAUACCUUAUUUUUCUUUUGGAUGCUUUUCGUUCCUUUGAUUGUUUCUAUUUUGCUCGUUUCCCUUUUCCUUGAUGUUUUAUUUCUAGUUCAGCUUUCAAUCUCUCCAAACAGUGUCUUUUUUUAGAGAUGUCCUCCUUAUUUUUUGGUUUGGUUUUUCAUAUCUAGAGUUAUAUAUACAUGGUGGCAAUGGGUGGCUUAUUUGGCACCAAAGUUGGCUUGUUUUCUCGUCUUUCACGCCUUCCGCCUACCUAUAUGCUUCACCCGACAUAUUUCGGUUAUUCGGAGAUGCAAGAGUCCUCCCAAGUGAAUCGACUCAGAUGCGGCUGGAAAAUUAGAAGACAAAGGAUUGAUCCAUCGGUUCACCGCCAAUCAUUCAUCGCUCUGAGGCUUCUUCUCUUGCUAGCUCUUGUGACCGACAGAUGGCGUUUGAUCCAGUGAUGUGGAGGUUUAGUGGAGAUUAAUGGUCCAACGAGGUAAGGAUCGAGGGGGGAGGAGUGUGACGUAUGCAUGCUCAUUUUGGUCUGAUUCUCCAAAUGGAUUGUAAAGCAUUAGCAUCUCAGACUCUGUCUUUGCUUGGUUUGGUGGGAUCGGAGUGCCUUUGGUUCUAGCGACGACAAAGGCAUGCAGUAUGGAGGCUAGGGCUGGGCAUGCGGAUGGAUAAUUCACCGGUUGACAUCGACCCACAUACAAAUAACCCCAACCGCAGUGGAUAGGAUGAUUGAUGUGGGUAGGUUGUGGAUCAACGAAUUUCCUACCUGCUCUUAUCGGGUGGGGUAAUGGGUGGGUUGCGGGUCACAACAUGGAAAAUAGUUAUUUCUUAUAUAUGCUAAUGAAUAGUCAUCUUAUUUCUUAACCGCCAUUUCACACUGACCGUUGAUUUCUAUAGGCGGAAAAUAGAUUAUAUUUUUGGGCUACUACUAUUUAUCACUAUGUUGUGUAAUGUCCAUUACACAUUGAUAUGCUAAUUAUAAAUUAUUAAUCAAGGAUCAUAAAACAGUACGGAAGGGUGUAUUGGAAAAAUCAGCAGCAUGAUAUUUUAUGAUCCGUGGUUCAACCAUUUCCUAUCUCUAAUAACCACUUAUCAAUUUAGCCUAGGGCAGGAGGAUUUGUGGGACGAACAAGUACGUUUUACAAACGCUGCUAUUAAUUGUAUAUAAGUCACAAAAAAGAACUUUCUUUGCAUAAUUGGUUAAUAAAGUAAUGAAAGAUUUAUACGAGUACUAGACAUCUCGGUGGAGACAAAUUGGAAGGAGGUGUCUAAAUUGGUGCAGUCUCUUUAAUUUUUUUUUUUAUGAAUUAUAAUAAAUGUUAGCCAACUUGCCUAAUUACAAGUUGAAUUUACGAGUUAACUGACGACCCAUCUGUUACCCAUCCAAUUCAACCCGAAGUAGUGUGCGGGUGGAUUGUGGAUUAUAAUUGUACCAAGUCGUUAGUAAGCGAGUGAGUCAAUUUAAUACCAAAACUCACCUAACCCACUCAUUGCACACGCUGGAGGCAUUAUAGCUAGUGUUUGGAGGUUCUAUGGAUCUAUUUCUGAGCUUAUGAACCUUGGGCCCGGUUUGUAUUUUAUGGGCUGAGUGUUUUUUAAGCAUGGGCUGUACUUUGGACUUGAUAGAGUGGUUUUUCUUUUGUCUUUUGUUUUGUGGUAGUCUUAUCAUUAAGUGUAUCUCACUUUUAGGGAUGGCAACAAAACCCGAAUCCAUGUGUACCCAACCGACCCAAUCCAGUCAACGCGGGUAAAACCCGUGUUGACGGGUUUUGGGCCGGGUUCGGGUUUAAACCCGCUACAUUAUUCAUCGGGUCGGGUUGGAUUUGGGUUUAGGUAAACCCGCCCCAUGGGUACCCGCCCACACACAUAUAAUUACUUUCCCGAUAUAUUUAAUAUUGUAAAUAAUAUAUCUUCCUUAAACAACUAAUAUUCUUUAUGUUUGUGAAGACAUGUAUAAUUUGUUCUUUCUAAUUGUUUAGAAUGAAGUUGAUAUUAUGAAGUGAAGAAUGAAAAAACUUAGUUGACGAGGAAGAAACUUUCAAUUAAUCUUAUUGUUUAUAGAUGUUUAUCUUUAAUUCUGAACAAUUUGUAUUGAUCAUUUGCGGUUUGCUUGUAUGCUCUAGAUUGGUGUUUUUUGUAUGAUUAAUUUGUAUGUGAAAAUUGAUGUUAAACUUUUAUUUUGAAAGAAACUUGUUAUUGUAAAUUUUUUACUAGAAAACCCCAUGGGUACCCAUGAACCCGCGGAUACCCAGCGGGUUGGGUUUGAGUUUUUCAAACCCAACGGAUUUUACCCCGGGUUUUUUUGACAGAUAAACCCAUGGAUUUGGAUUUGGGUUUGACAAAACCCGCCCCAACCCGACCCAUUUUCAUCCCUACUCACUUUGUAACACUUAUCACUUUUUAGCGAAAAUGACUUUGUUAAAGGAAAAAAAAUAUCUUGAUUAGCAGAUUAGGAGUCAACUCGACUCAAUUGCGUUUGGUAGGGGGGACAUCCGCCCUGAGGCCGGUCACAUACUCCGGUCGAACCGUAUGUUCAAAGGAACUGGCCAACUGAGACUUCAGCUCAACUGGCAAUCACAAACAACACUACAGUCUGCCCCCUCUUGCAUGCAGCCGAUCCGAUUCCCCAGGAGACAAAAGUUGCAGUUCCGCCAGUCGGAUGCCAUACACCUGAUCUCUCCGCUUCUUAGAAUAAUCCGGACUACUCUUUUUACUCGGUGGUUGCCGGAAAAGCGAAAGAGAUGAUGUCGGCGGCGGCCUCCCCGCAACAUUUGUCGAUAACUUCCCCUCCGAAUUCUCCGUGUGGUAGCACGAACCAUCUCCGCCUCUUGAACUGCCCUUCAUCGAUCAAGAUGAAGAACGCAGGGCAAUCGUUCUUGGCUCCUUUAUCAGUGGGCUAUACGGAAUCUUUCACUGGGAAGCUGAAGGCUGCUCCGGCCCACACAUGCAGUGAAGCAACUGAAAUUCCAGUUACAAGCUGGGACAACCUCGGAUUCGAUCCCUUACCAACUGACUAUAUGUAUGUGAUGAAGUGUCCUUCUGGAAGUGGGUCAUUUUCAGAUGGCAAGUUGCUACCUUUUGGGAACAUUGAGUUCAAUCCUUUCUCUUCUGUGUUGAACUAUGGACAGGGCAUAAUUGAAGGGCUGAAGGCACACAAGAAAUCAGAUGACUCUAUAUUACUGUUUCGACCAGAGCAAAACGCCUUGCGUAUGGCUGUUGGAGCUGAUAGACUGUGCAUGGUUGCACCAACUGUUGAGCAAUUCGUGGAGGCGGUGAAAGUCGCUGUAUCAGCAAACCGACGAUGGAUUCCACCUCCAGAUAAAGGCUUUCUGCACAUCCGUCCAUUGCUAUUAGGGACUAGUCCUCAACUCAGUCUCACUCCCUCUUCUGAGUUCAUUUUUCUGAUCUAUGUUACCCCUGUCAGGAACUAUUUUGAGGGUGGUUUGGAGCCAAUUGAUCUGGUGGUUGAUGAUGAAACUCACCGUGCCGUGCCAGGUGGAGUUGGACACGUAAAGGCCAUAGGAAACUAUGCUGGGAUUCUGAGGGCGCAGGCUACUGCCAAGGAAAAUGGUUUCAGUGAUGUCUUAUAUGUCGAUUCAGUCCAUAACCGAUACUUAGAAGAGGUCUCCACUGCUAACAUCUUUGUUGUGAAGGAUAAGAAAAUAUGUACACCCGAAGUAGGAGGGACAAUAUUGCCUGGAAUUACUCGGGCAAGUGCAAUUGAUCUGGCUAGAACCAUAGGGUUUCAAGUGGAGGAGCGGCUUGUCUCGAUAGAGGAAAUGGUCGAAGCUGAUGAAGUGUUCUGUACAGGAAAUGCUGUUGGUUUGUUGCCUGUGGGUAGCGUUACUUACCAUGGUCGAAGGGUGUGCUAUGGAGCUGGCGGACCCGGCGAGGUAACCCAGCGGCUCUCUUCCGACCUUACAAGUAUACAGAUGGGACUUACUGAAGAUACAAUGGGCUGGACUGUUGGAGUUUAAGUAAGGACCUGACAAAUUGCCGUUAUUACAUACAAACUUCUUCCUAAAGUUCGGACGUUUUGACUCAUUUGAGCGUGCCUCCAAGAAGGUGAGGGGCCACGAAAACCACCUUCCCCAAGUGUAGGGAAGAAUGUUCAAGGCCAUUCGUUUCUAGUGAUCCGGGCAACUUCUCAAGAUACCCCUUUUUUCCAAGUUCAUCAACAAUAACAAAAAGAUUCCCUUUCUCGAGAGGGAGAGUAUGAUUUGAAAGAAACAAGCAAACAAGUAUAGAACGCAGAACUCAGGUCGCAGAGUCCAUCGGACUGACAAAGACACGGCAUCUCCUGCCUAGAUCUGUCUCUAUUCAUAGAGGUAAGAAUUAUGCACAAGAGCUUAGGUAGACGAGGGUUCUCGGUUUGCGUGUUUUAAGAACACGUUCCGAUGUCGUUGGAUUUCAGUGUGAAUUACACGAUUGGUCACCCAAAUUACAUAAAUAUUUCACAUUUGCCACCCGAAUUACAAACCUUCCUCCUAAUCUCUUCCCACAUGCUAACAGGACCCAGUGGCUACGGUGAAAUUUUUCGUAAAGUGAGUGACCAAUAAGCAAGGUUUGUAAUU